AUGACAAAUAUUCAGCCAAUAUCCGAGCAGGAAUGGGACCGACACAGGAAGGUCUUGCAGGAGAUGUACUGCGCCGAGAAGAUUCAGCUACAAAGAAGGAAAGGGAGAGAAGACGAGCCAGGUGUUGUUGAGUUAAUGAAAGAAAGGUACGGGUUCCAUGCCAGUCCCGCUCAGUACGAGUCGCAGUUCAAGAAAUGGGGAUUCGUCAAAAACCUCAAAACUCAUGAAUGGGCGGCCCUCAUUUCGCAGUACGAUAUGCUAUCCCGAAUCAAGAAACAAGUACGGAUCAUAGUCUCUGGGUCAGUCCUCAGCAAGAAGAAGAUUGACAGAGCCCGACGACGCUAUCGGAUACGACACAAUAUGCCGAAGGGGGCUUUGCAUGAGGGUGGCACCUUGCCCGCUUCUAGGCAAGCCUUCGUCGAAUUCCUCGAUGAAACUGGAGAAUGGAACAGGCACCUCGGUGACCAAACCCGCCCUUGCAAUGCCUUGGUUCUACAUAAAGCCAGCCAUCUCGCAGCCAUCGGUCCACCAGUGAACGACCGAAUCAAUCAUCUUGAACGUUUGGGACCGCAGGAUACGCAGGCGGGUCUUAGUCAGUCAGUUGACGAGGAAGUCGUUGAUAUUCCUACAUCCCGAAAUCUCAACCUAUUCUGCCCAACACUCAGCCCGUUUUUCAACUUCGGUGAAUACUGUGCCGAUUCAAUCCAAACUCCUGCGAAUUUCGACUUUUCUUCUGUCUCUUCAAUAAAUUUCGAUGACGCUUCUCUUUGGAGUCUCAUGCCGGGCCUCACGGUCGUCAAUGAGCCUUUGGACGCUCAACCUUUCUACCCAGAUAGAUCGCCUUGGUCUCUGAAUCAAGGUGAGGAUCAUCAUCAAGAAAACGCCUCUGAGAGACCUUUAGCGAAGACGAAAGUCGAUGGCCAUUUGCAGGGAGUGAGAAACUUCGUUGCCUCCCUCGUCAAGCACGCCAAAACCACUCCGAGCUAUGACACCGGUGACUUUCGGGACACGGGGACACCAGAUGUCGAGGAUAUUAUGGAGAGUCUGAAAUCAUUGAUACCGGAAGACGCUCCUUUCUUUGGACAUUCUGGCCUAACCAUAGUUGGGAGAAACACUACCUCGUCUUCGGAUCUGUUCAAGACCUUGCUCUACUCGUUCACCAACAACUUUGCUGGUCUCCGGGGUGUCCCACGGAGGUCGUUACUACAACUCCUCAGGGAACACCAUGAGAUACGCACUCAGUUGUUUGAAGUUGUCAAAUCCGGUCCAAUCGGCGUCGCUAAAUCGCUUGCCGACAAUCUUUUUCGGGCUUCUGUGGAAGGUUGUGACCCUGACGCCGUGGCGACAAUCCUGCAUCACACCAGAAAGGAUACCAGGAUUGCCAUUGACCUAAACGAGAUUGCUUGCAAUUUUGAGGGGAGAGACUAUACGCCAAUCGAGCUGGCCGCUAAAUUCCGCAAUAUCGAGCUGGUGCGGACACUUUUAGCUUCUCGUCCCGAUCCUAAUAAGACAUACCCGCGGGAGCUAGAGAUAGAGCCAGAGAAGGAGCAAGGUGCGCUCGCACUCGCCUUGCGACAAUGGAACAUGGGAAACACAAGCCCCCCUGGAAUCAUUCGGCCCCCUUCAGAGCCACCAGAGCCUGUGGACCUUGACCUCUUGAGGAUGCUCCUCGAUUGUGGUUCAGAACUUCCCAUUGAUCUGGUUGAGAAUGCGAUCCGGCCGGGCCCUGGCCAUUCGGCUAUUGCUGAGGAGCUCAUCUCUCGCAUUCCAGCGGCCGACCACCACAUCUGCUUCGAAAGCGAAUGUCUUAUGGUCAGCAUAAUUCACUACCUCGACAACACCGCGGCUGACAGGAUCAUCCGAUAUUUAUUUGCGCAGUGUCUUGAAUCCAUAGACUGCGGUAGCUGCGUUUCGAAUAAUUCACGGCAGAUCGAAGAGAUGCUUUGUCACGCAGCAAGGCGGUCGAACUUGGAGUUGAGCAAAUUUCUUUUGCAGUACACGGCACAAUUGCAAUCCGUCUUGGCCGCAGCUGUGAGAGGUGGUGAUGCGGAGCUAAUCGAAUUGCUUCUUGGCAUGGGUGCUCGUGUGAACGACCCGGUGGAAUCAUGGCAUCCCGAAGACAUGAAACCCUACCGUGGCGAUUUUUAUUUUGAAAGUGGAUAUGAUAUUGAGAGCUAUGGAUCCUUCUAUACUAAGCACGUAAUCACUCCGAUCAGGACACCUCUGGCAGAAGCUAUCCGAGCCAAGGACGAUCAUCUCAUCGCCACCUUCGAAAGCCGUGGAGCUUUAACCCGUCUUCCCGAGAAGCACCAUUUUCACGCUGCCGUCCUGGCAGCAGCUGAAGUUGGCAAUACCUCAUACCUCAAAAUGGUACUUGACCACGGUUCUGGAUUGCUCAAUCGGGAGAAUCUGGCUCCUGCCUUGGCAGCUGCGAUUCACAGUGACGAGACUGAUGCGGCGCUUAUCUUGCUGGAUGCUGGUGCCAGAACCAACAACCAUAGAAGGUUCAGGUACUCCAAUCUUUUAAUUGACGUUCUGCAAAAACGUAACAAACGCAUUUUGGAUACGAUGCUUGAAUGCGAUGUAUCACUUGACCAGUCCGUGCUCGUGUCAGGUUUUUCUCCACUAGAAGCUGCUGUAGCUUGGGAUGACAUCCAUAUCAUCGAAGACAUGAUUCGGAUGGGUGCGCCGAUCAAUGUUGGGCUUCAGUUGACAGCGCUGGAGGCGGCAGUGCGAAAUCGAAACCAGACCCUCGUUCACCGACUGCUGGAACUAGGUGCAAGCCCGGAAGCGCCAUCCAAACGGGGUUCCUCGCCUUUGCAGGCCGCCGUAGAGAUCGGCGAUCAUGACAUGAUCCGCCUGCUGCUCUCGAAGGGAGCAUCGUUGCAAUGCCCCGCUGCAUUCAUGUACGCGAUGGAGAAUGAUCUAGCUGCGUAUGAGCUUCUGCUGUCAGCGUUGAAGUCACGCCAUCAAUAUGAUCUCAGAGAAUUGGGAGGUGACCUUUUCACGAAAGCGAUCAAAUUGAACAAUCCCGAUUUUUUUGAUGGCUUGCUCACUGCCGGAAUGAACAUCAAUAGCCGAUGCCGCCACGGCGAUUGGACCGACAUGUACUUUUCUACCAAUCGAUUUCGGCCCAGCACAAACAGAAAGGCACUGGGUUUUGCCAUUGAACAUGAUCGCGGGCGCAAUUAUGAGCUGGUACGGAAGGUGAUGGAAGCCGGGGCUGACGCGAAUUCAAUUGUUGAUGAAAUCCCACAGGAAUGGGGGGGUGAUCAGGUCAUCACGGCCUUGUUAACACCAUUGAUUGUGGGUAUCAGGGUGAGGAACAUAAAGAAGAUAAGCCUACUUCUUGAGUACGGGGCGGAGAUCAACAGGCCUGCUCGUCGUGGUGUCAAGCGCACACCAAUGCAGGCAGCGUGCGAGUCCGGAAGCUACGAGAUAGUGGAGUUGCUCCUUCUGCAUGGAGCCAAGGCCAAUGAUACGGCGGCCGAACGACACGGCGGAACUGCUUUGCAGAUGGCCGCAACGACAGGGAGCAUCAAGAUCGUCAAGCUGCUGCUUGACAACGGCGCUGAUCCUCACAUGGCCAAGUCGAACGUGGGAGGCCGAACAGCAUUUGAGGCGGCCGCCGAAAGUGGUUGUAUCGACAUCCUGUGCUUGCUCUGGAACGCGGUUCUGCCACAUGGUUUCAGCGAGAAGGAGUGCCAAAGUGCGAAGGGUCUUGCCAAGGAAAAAGGGCACAGGGGUUGUGCUGAUUUCAUUGAUUUCCUUCAGUCGAAUGCUGGCAGCGGAUCAUUCCAGUCUCUGCUGGGUGGGUGA